GUUAUUUUUUCAUAAAUAAUGUACAAUAUUUUCGGUACAUAUAUUUUAGAGCAGAUUUUAAUAUUGGUAGAAGUGAACCGAUCUAAAUCUGUCAUUUAUGUCACAAAUGGAUCAUGGCUGCUAAGAAUAUAGCCAGUUAUUUGUUUAUUGUUUUAAUUAUACAUCAAGCUACAGGAGAGGUUCAAAGACAACCAGAACUAAGGGAAGAUUCAGAAGAUGAUUAUGACCUAAUUAAUAUAAAUGAUCCUGGUGAACCUCCUCCUCCUGAUCUCAUUACUAAACAACAUAAUCCAAAUUCCUUACAAAAUACAAAUGUUAAACGUUAUAAGUGCCACUCUUGUGAACCACCAGAUUGUUCUAAACCCACCAUUUGCCAAAAUGCUGUUCAGUGCUGGAAGUCCCGUGUUAGGGAAAGUAAUGGAGAAGAAAGUAUUACAAGAGGGUGUACUAUCUUGCAAGAACAGCUUCCUCUUUAUUGUAGAGCUGGUUCGAUAACAGUCCAACACAAACGACACGCAAGUGGGCAAUUCAAAAUAGAUUGUUGUAUAGGAGAUUUUUGCAAUGACGGAGAGUUUCCUGAAUUACCUCCAGUGGUUGAAGAAAGUAAUCAAUACAAAGAAUCAAUAUUUUACGGACUGAAAAUAUUUGCGGCUAUUUUGGGACCUUUGGUCUUGUUUGGUACUAUUGGUAUUAUUAUUCUUUAUUUUAUGAGAAGAUAUUAUAGAAACAGAAUGUGUAAUGAAAAUAGAGAUGACCCAGACACAUAUUAUGCUACCGAUGAACUAUUGAGAGCUACAGCUGCUGGAGAUAGUACUUUAAGAGAAUAUUUAGAACAAUCCAUGACAUCUGGAAGUGGUUCAGGUUUACCACUCUUAAUACAAAGAACCUUGGCUAAACAGAUAUCAUUAGUGGAGUGUAUCGGUAAAGGGAGAUAUGGAGAAGUGUGGAAAGGAUUGUGGCAUGGAGAAAAUAUUGCUGUUAAAAUAUUUUUCUCAAGAGAUGAAGCGAGUUGGUCUAGAGAAACAGAAAUUUAUAGCACAAUACUACUUCGACAUGAGAACAUAUUAGGUUACAUAGGAUCUGAUAUGACAUCACGCAAUUCGUGUACUCAAUUAUGGCUCAUUACACACUAUCAUUCUUUAGGUAGUCUCUAUGAUUAUCUUAAUCAUACUUCUUUAUCUCAUCAGCAACUAAUGAGGCUGUGUCUAUCUGUAGCUAAUGGUCUUGUACAUUUACAUACUGAAAUAUUUGGAACACAGGGAAAACCAGCAAUAGCACAUAGAGACAUUAAAAGCAAAAAUAUAUUAGUGAAAAACAAUGGUACCUGUUGCCUAGCCGAUUUUGGGUUAGCUGUAACUCACUUCCAAUCCACCGAUGAAUUAGAUAUUGGAUCUAAUCCGAGAGUUGGAACAAAACGAUAUAUGAGUCCCGAGGUUCUUGACGAGACGAUACGAAUGGAUCAUUUCGAUUCGUUUAGGAGAGCAGAUGUUUAUGCUCUGGGAUUAGUGUUUUGGGAGAUGUGUAGGAGGACAAUCAGUAAUGGCAUUGCCGAAGAUUAUAAACCACCUUUUUAUGACGUUGUACCUAGUGAUCCAAGUUUUGAAGAUAUGAGAAAAGUUGUGUGUGUUGAUUGCCAACGUCCUAAUUUACCCAACAGAUGGGCCAGUGAUACGUUACUAGCUGGGAUGUCGAAACUUAUGAAAGAAUGUUGGCAUCAAAAUCCUAAUGUCAGACUUCCGGCACUUAGAAUAAAGAAGACAUUAUUGAAAUUAGCGAGCGCAGAUACAGUCAUCAAAAUGGAAGAUAUGGAAAUUUGUGUUUGAGUAAGGUAUUUUAACAAAGAGCAAUUUGUUGGUAAAAAACAUUUUUUAGAUUAGAAUACAAUUAUAGGAAUGAACUGAUAGAAGUUUUGUAAUGUUUAAGAUUUAUAUUUUUUCCCAUCAUAAUUUCAUGAACUGAAUAGUAAUAGUUAGAAUUAACGGUCUUAUUUAACAAUUUAAACUAUCUUUGAUUCUUUCCUAUAAUUGUUUGUUAGACCAGAGCAGAAGCCAUCAAAAAUAAUAAAAAGUGAAAAAAAUAUGGUAGGAUAAAACCUAUUAGGCAGAGAAUGUAAAAAGAA